AUGGAGGACUCAGCGGAUCUCCAGGUGGAGACGCUGCCGGAUGUUGGAACCGACAGCAGGCCCCAGAGCAGCCCCAGAAACGCUACAGCUGCCUCCAAGGGGUCUCCCACACGGGGCAACAGCAGCCCCACCGCCCGCAGCGAUGACGGCUCGGUGACGUCCCCCCGCGCGGCACCGACGGAGGGAACCUACUCCACGGACCUCUUUCGAGCCUUUCCCAAAGUUAGCCAGAAGGCCAAGAGCGGCGUGCAGCUCUGCCAAGCAGUGUCGGCUUUUGUGAUGGAACGCGCGGCCUUGGAGAGCAACUACGCUCAGUCGCUGCUCAAACUGGCCCAAAGUGCAAGGGCUGAGGACUGGUCUGAGCAGCUCACGGAGUGCUGGGCAACGUUCCAGGAGGCGACCGAUCAUUUGGCUCAGGAGCGAUGGGCAUUUGCGUCAACGAUGCAGACUGCUGUUGUCCCCGGAGCAAAGGCUUUUGCGGCCCAGCAGGAGACUCAGGUGCAACGACUCAUCACAGAGGGCACCAAGGUGCGCUGGGCGCAACAGCAAAUGAUUUCGUCGAUGGAAAAAGCACGAGAGAAGUACGAGCGCAAGUGCCAAGAGGCUAUUGAGAUCACUACGACGAUGAAAAAGAGUGAUAACAGCACAGCGUCAGAUGUCAACUCGUCGUCAUCCGAGUCCUCCGAUGACGUGUCGUCGUCCAAGGAAUUGACAGAUAAACUCGCAGCCGGUGCUGGGCAACUGCUGACGAAGAUGUGGGAUACUACAUCCUCGUUUGGGCGUAAUCCGUUGGAGAGGCAACGAUCUAAAUUGUACGGCUGCCUCGAAGAGGUCAUUGCCGCGGAGAAGCACUACGUCCAGACGGUGGAGUACACCAACGCACAACGCUUGAUUAUCGAGCGAGAGAUCAAAGAAAACUUGCACGCGUUCCAGCUUACGGAAGAACAACGGCUCGAAUACCUCCGAGAUGUCCUGAUGCGCAUGCAAAAAGCGUUCGUCGCCAUGUUUUCUCGAUCGCAACAGUUCGUCAAGCGGAUGAAAGAGAGUGUAAGCAAAGUCGACGAGCUAGCGGAUAUUGAGAAAGGGUUUCAAAGUCUUGGAAGCCAGGAGGAAGUGGAUGUGGACCGGGCAGACUUGUCGAUCAAUCCUUUCUAUCUACGUAUGACGCAUAUUCAAGCUAUGUCAGACAAUGGUCAGCGUAUGAUCGGAGUGAUCAAUUCUGUCGUGACCGAGUUUAUAGCGAGUGAGGCCCGCUUUUCGCAGGCCCUGCGGAAGCUGCUUCGAACGCACGAGAGUGGCGGCCUCACUCCUCCAUCGGAUCUCUUUGGCACGUCUUCGUCCAAUGUGAACCUUAGUUUCCUGGCCGACGAAGGAGCAACAAUGGCGAACGGUUGGCUGACUGUGAAAGACCAAGUCAAACUUUUAUUGGAAGUUCAUCAGGAAUUUCAAUCAUUGCUUGCCGAGCCCGUGUCUUUGAGUCUCGCCACCAUGAAGACUGAAUAUGAAAGUGUCCGAGUCUCGACGCAGGAAAACUUCUUGAAGGCACAUUCCACGUUAUGCAACGAAGCAGCUGCACACCAGAAGCUUCAGCAUAAACUGGAUACGAAGUCCCGUGAUUUUGCAGUGACAUUCUCGUACAUGCCAGGAUCAACGCCUGUUGCCACCAAUUCUUACGGGAUCGAGGUUGCACAAGCUCUCAAAGUGUUGAGUGCAAAUUUGCGUUUAUUCAACGAAAAGGAUCGACGGUCGGAAGCCAAACUUCGUCAGCUUGCGGAAGAGAUCCGUCUGCUCCAAGUACAAGUCUCAGAAAGCAGCAAGUCUUUGAGACAAACGUACCAGAUCUACGUCCAGGAAAUCGAGGUUUUCAUUUCGACUUACAUGAAAAACGAGAAGUACCGACUCCAGGUUGGCAAAAAUUCUCUUCAAUCGCUGGCAAAAGCCAUCGAGCAUAUGCUGCAGGGUGGCACGUCGGUUGGAAACAAGGCACUGAUCGAGUUUGAAAAAAUCGAUCCCAAUGGAGACAUUGCUGAGUUUAUCCGAAGCAACAGGCAACCGUAUGAACGAAGCAAGCGUAUCGCACCCGCGUACCACGGUAACGAAAGCUUGAAAGAGGUGAUGCGCGAAUAUCUCUCGUCACUUGGAGCAUCCUCAGAAUAUUCGGACAAGAACCCCCGAAGUCCUACAAGUGGCAGCUAUCCACCUGGGUCAAUUUCAAGUGGCGAGUUCGUAACUUCCCCGGAAAAAUCCCCGCGUUUGUCUCGGAAUUCAAGCGUUAUAUCGGCGAGGGAUGACCAGGCAGUACCAGCAAAUGACAACAUUGCUGAGGGCGAGAGUUCUCCAAUCGAAGACGAAAGUGCAGGCUCGGGAAUGGAGCAAGAUGAAGAAUUCACUGAAGCUCAGCCACUCGGAGUAUCCGACUUUCAGAAGAAGUUUAAGCUGGAUUCGCCGGAGCAGGUCGUGGAAAGCUUUUCGUGUGCGCUUUACCUCUCCAAUUUCCCGUUCCACGGACGUCUUUACCUGACUAGAGACCGAAUGUGUUUUUCCGGAUGGAGAGAUACGAUAUUCGUGGCUUCAUUCUCGGAGAUCUCGCUCAUGGAAAAGAAAAACACAGCACUGAUCGUUCCCAACGCUAUCGAGUUCACAGUCAAAGGGGAGAAAGUUUUCUUUACUUCAUUUGUGUUUCGAGAUGAAUGCUUUCAAAGUAUUCAGCAGCUACGGUCCAUAAAGAAAGAAACGGAAGCGUUGAUGUCAGAUCCAGCCAAACAGCCCGAAGCAGCUUCAGUUGAUACUGAUGGUAGUUCUCCACCGGACGGGGAUUCAAGACGACGAAGAAGUUCGGAUGAGGUGGCUGCCGUUGCUCCUAGCCCCGAAAUGACUCCAAGCGCGGCAACGGACACGAUACCUGCCGAGGAUAGUCGCCCUCCAAGCUCUCUUGCGUCGGAAAUUGCAGCAGUGCGAGCACCCCCUGUGAUCCCAGAGAAAGACGCUUUACUAAGCGAGUUUGACUUGAUGCUGGAUGAAGAAGUCGCAUUCAGUGUCGAUACUGCUUACUCAAAACUAUGGGUCGAGUCAGACGCAUUCGCCCGCAGUAUUCUUGAUACAGCCGGGUCGACGAACCUAUCGAUGCCUCCGUGGAAAAAGACAACUGUAUCAUACACGGCAGUGAGCAAGCCAGACUCGUUUGAUGGCUCUCGGCUAGUCACAUACACCCACAACAAGAAGUACAUGGUAGGUCCCAGUGUCAUUCCGACGGCUCAAACCCAACGAUACGCGUAUACGCCCGGCAGUCGCCUCGUCGUGAGCACUACAACCUGCGUGUCGGACGUACCAUAUUGCGAUUACUUCCGGGUCGAGCAUCGAUGGGUCUUCAGUGCUACGAAAAAUCAAGGUGCUUGCUUGGUGCAGGUGGGUCUUCGCAUUCAAUGGUCGAAGAGCACGUGGCUGAAAAAACAGAUCGAAAGCACAACUGUGUCAGAAGCCAAGGACGCCGUGAAAUCAUGGCUAAACGCUGCAGCCGAAGCAACAAAGCAACAACCCGCAGCAGAAACUGGAUCUGAUACUCUUGUUCCUGCGAGUGCACCUUCGACGAAGCCGUCCCCGUGCGAGGAGAAGACGUCAAAGGACUCGCCUCAACCAGUUACUGCGACUACUGUUUCUCCACCAGCCUCACUGGUGCAGCCAGCUCCAACUGCGACAAGUAAUGGCCUCCCCCCGACCCAGCUCCAUCCAACUCUUCAAGCUGCCAUUAUAAUCUGUGCGCUGGUGUUUAUCUACACGAUGUAUCGGGUUUGUGCCGCGAUGGACCAGAUGCAAUCGCUGACUAGGGAGUCUCUUAUCCAGCAGCGUCAGCAGCAGGAGCUGUUGAAGGAGCUUUUGACUAGACUUGGUAAAACGGAGGAUUGA